AUGGGGCGACACGCGCUCCGCGCGGUGACGUCCGCGGACGUCGCCGCGCUCCUUCCACCCGCGCGCGAGCCCGGCGCCCGAUGCUUCACCGCCGCGUGCGUCGCACCGGGCGGAAACCGAUUCUACCUCGGAGACGACGAGGGCGCCGUCGUGGCGUGCCGAGUCGUCCGCGGGAUGGAGAACGCGGGCGGCGAGCUCGGCGCGAGCGUGCGCGUCGACGCCGUCGCGAACGUGGUGGACGACGACAUCGUCAACCACGCGCCCUUUGAGGACUCCGACGACGACGACGACGACGACGACGACGACGGUCGUGAGCUGUCGCUGCGCGUCAUGCAGCUCGAGUACCUCCCGUCGAUGCACGCGCUCGUCGCGCUCACGCCGAGACGGGGCGUGACGAUACACCACCUCUCUCAUCACGGGUCGAACGCGUCUGACGUGACGAUCCGCAGCGGGCGCGUCUCGGGAACGUCCGGCGCGGUCGCCUUCGCGCUCGACGCGUCCGGCGCGCAUCCGAGCUGCGUCGCCGUGUCCCGAGCAGGCAAGAACCGAUCCGUGACGUUUCGCGAGAUCGUCCGCCAAGACGACUACGAGCGCCAAAACCCAUCGUUUGGCGAUCGCCCGCGCCGGUUCAAACCUCGCGCCACCGCCGUGCCGUUCGGGAGAGACGUCCGCCUCGGCGCGGCGCACCCGGCGCUGUCGCUGACGUGGCACGCGGACGUGGCGAAGCUCGUGGUCGGCAACGGCCGGUGGUACCACCUCGUGGACGCGCGCGACGGCGCGUGCGCGGACGUCGUGCCGAUGAACUCGAUGGGAUCUGAUCGCCGCACGGAGUCUCUAGAAACAUCGAGAAGGUUUCCGACGACGUUUGCCAUCGUCGAAGGGGACGGGUCACGCGCGGUGGUGUGCGUGACGGGGACGCGCGCGGCGGUGGUGUCGCCGCUCGGAGAACCCGCGGGAAAAGCGCUUCGACUGGGCGGUGACUCACCGGGCGGUGACUCACCGGGCGGCGCGUACUCCCUGGCGUUCGCCGCGCCGUACCUCGUCGCCGCGCCCGUGCGUGGGUCGGCUCCCGCGGCGGUGUUCGACCGCGCCGUCUCAAACGGCGAGCACAUAGCGGAGGGAGUCGAACCCGUGCAGUUCCUCUCGCUGUUCGACGGCGCCGCGCGUGAUGGAACGACACACGUCGCCGGCGAGGGCGUCGCGGGGACGCUGGUGGCGUGCUCCGGGUCUUUGGUCGAGGUGUACGCGAAAGCGCCCGUGAUUGCGCAGGUGAAGGGCAUGCUGUCGACGCCGGGGUGGUGGGAGCCGGCGACGCGGCUGGCGGACGCGCAGCGCGAGGAUUUGGAUCAUUCUUGCGACGAACGCAACCGAGUGGCCUUGGACGAGGGUGCCGAGGGUGCCGAGGGUGCCGAGGAGGACACGUUCAGUUCGCCACCGCCGUGGAUCGUCGCGCACGCCGAGGCUGGCUUCUGCGCGGCGAGGGCGCUGGACUUUGCAUCGGCGUGCGUUCACUGGCGUCGAGCGGGUGAUAAAAUCGUGAGACCCGUGGAGGACGUGGCGAGGACGUUUCUGCCCAGGCUGCUUCCCCGGCCGCCGGAGGAGGAGACGGUUUCUUCUUCCGGGGUGGUUUCGCCCGAGGUUUCUUCUUUAGGGGUGGCGGCGUCGAGUCGGCAUGAGGGCGCCGGCAGUGUUCGAAGGAGGAGGUUUUGGAACCUGGCGCCGCCCCCCGCGGACUUGGACAGCUUGGUCUCGGCGACGAUGCGCGCGAUGGCGGCGGGGACGACGCGAGCCGCUCGCCGGAGCGUCGCGCCCAUCACGGGCGACGUCCGCACGGGCGGCGUCAUCACGGGCCCCAUCGCGCCCAUCGAUCCAAACGUGGUGCAUCCGAUCACGCAUCCGGCGCACACGCGUUGGGACACCGCAAAUCCAAAGAAGGACCGACCGAAUGAAUCCCUCGGGCCCGAGGAUUCGACCGGGGGUUCGACUUUCGACGAGACGCUCCUUCGCGCGAAGCGCGCGCUGUCGUCGUACCUCUCCGCGCACCGAACAAACGCGCCUGGGUUCGAGCUGAACACCGUGUGCCUCGCGCUUUGGGCGGAGUGCGGGGAAUGCGACGCUUUGGAACAAACGCUGGCGUCCUUCGCGAACGCGUUCGAAGUCGUCACCGGUGAACAGGGCGUUAAAAAAAACGCCAAAUCCCGCCCGUACGACGCGGACGUCGUCAAGGACGCGUGCAGGCGCAACUCCAGGUGGCACGCCCUGGCGAUUCUGCUCGAUACGCACGGGAGGCGGCCGCGGGGGGAACGCGACGAGACGGACGCGGUGGAGACGUGGCGCGCGCUCGCGAAUGGGGAGAAGAGGGAGGGGGGGGAUUUUACUUUUAUUUCGGGGGACGGGACGAGCAACGUAGGGGGUGCCGACCUACUAGGGGGUGCCGUGCGAAGGCUCGGCGCGCGAAGGGUCGGGUGCGACUUCGCGACGGCGGCGCUCGUUCGCGUCGCGGAUGAUUUCGCGAAUCGUCGGACGGAUGACGAAAUCCGGCUCUUCGCGGAACGACACCUGGCGUGGAUCGCCGACGCGAACCCCCGAAACGCGCUCGAGCUGCUCACGCACCCGCGAAUCGGCGCGUGCGUCCCUACACGCACGGCGCUUCGCGUCCUGGACGAAUCCCCGGCGUGCGGAACCGCGGAACCCGCGGAGUACCUCCGAGCGAUGAUGGCGUCGUUUGCGAGUGGCGCCUUCGUUCGUCGGGGCCCCUCGGAUAUCGACGCCAAAGAUUUGCAAACCAAGUACGCUCUGGCGCUCGUUAACGCCGCCAGGGACCCUAACGUCGCCAGCGGCGCGCACCGGGACCACGCCACGGAGCUUCAUAACUUCUUGAGCUCAUACUCGGACGGCCCGUGCGACGCCGCGGUCGUCGCGAGGGCGAUCGACCCGCGGGGACUCACCGAAUCCGACGCCAGGGGCGAUUUACGCGGCUGUAAAAGUCUCGUCAGUCGGGACGGCGAAGCGCUCGGCGCGGAUCCGUGCACAAUCCGCGGGUUCGAGUCCCACCUGGUGCUGCUCCGCCGGCGGCUCGGCGACCACGCCGCGGCGAUUCGUCUCAUACUGGACGUUAUAACGCACGAGGGAGGCGUCGCCGGCGCGGAAGCCGCGGCGGAGAAGUACGUCGAGCGGUGUCAAUCCGGCAGGGCCGCGAGGAGAACCGUUCGGUUAUUGGGCGAAAUCGAUCACGGGAUCGCGGGCGGCGAAUCGCGAACGGGCACGUGGCGCGGCGACGGCGACGCGGACGUGACCGCCGCGCUGUUGAACGCGUACGUGAGGCGCUCGACGCCGCCGCGGUGGGCGCAGGCGGCGAGGGUGGUGUCCAACCCCAACGUCAGGGUCGACGUCGACGGCGCGCUCGCGAUGCUCCCGAUGCAUGGGGGUGCCGAGGGUGCCGAGGGCGUCGCGCUGUUCGAGAGGGCCGUGCGGCGCAGGGACGCGGCGAAUCGCGCGGCGGAGGCGGCGCGGAGGGAGGCGCGGGAGGCGGCGGAGGCGGAGGCGCGAUCGGGGUGA